UCUGCCGAGCGCUUGAUGGGAUCGCGGCGGCCAGGCUCCCUGCCCGGGGCGAGCAUGCAGGCCCGUCUGCCUGCGCCCCUGCCCCUGCUCCUGCUCCUGCUCCUGGCCUCCCUCUGGCGGGGGGCGUCGGGGGCCAGUGAGCUGCGCUACCCGCCCAGCAAGAUAGCUGUUAUCGGAGCUGGUAUUGGGGGCACCUCAGCAGCCUAUUUUCUACGCCAGACGUUUGGGAAAGAUGUACAGAUUGACGUGUUUGAGAAAGGAACGGUGGGGGGCCGUUUGGCUACUAUAAACGUGGAAGGAAAAGACUAUGAAGCAGGCGGGUCCAUCAUUCAUCCUCUUAACCUACAUAUGAAGCAUUUCAUCAAGGAGCUAGGACUUUCUGUUCCUGAGAACCGACAUGGCCUUCUGGGCAUUUACAAUGGAGAUGAAUUUGUGUUUGAGGAGAGCAGCUGGUACAUUAUCAAUAUUCUGAAACUCCUCUGGCAUUAUGGAUUCAAUCCUCUGCGAAUGAACAUGUGGGUGGAAGAUAUCUUGGACAAGUUUAUGAGAAUCUACCGCUAUCAGUCUCAUGACUACUCCUUCAGCAGCAUGGAGGGCUUGUUUCAUGCCCUCGGAGGGAAUGACUUUAUCCAGAUGCUGAAUCGGACCCUUGAUGAGACUUUGCAGAAGGCUGGCUUCUCCCAGAAGUUUAUCUAUGAGAUGGUUACUCCAAUCAUGAGAGUCAAUUACGGCCAAGGUGUCAACAUUAAUGGGUUUGUAGGUGCGGUGUCUAUGACAGGUGUUGACUCUGGACUUUGGUCAGUAAAAGGGGGCAACAAACUUGUCUGCAGUGGUCUUCUUUAUUCUUCUAAAGCACAACUUAUCUCUGGCACAGUUAUCUCUAUAGAGGAGAGAACGCGGCCCCAACGCACAGGAGGUACAGUUAAGCUGUAUGAAGUGAGCUACAACUCUGCAUCAGGUCCAGCUACAGACAUGUACGAUAUAGUUCUCAUUGCUACACCCCUGAAUCGUAAAAUGUCCAACAUCACCUUCCAGAACUUUAACCCGCCCCUUGCACAGUUCUCAGACCGUUACCAUCAGAUGGUGGCAACUUUUGUUCAUGGGCGCAUAAACGCAUCCUUCUUCGGCUACAAGGACCCAUCCCACUUUCAUUUAGCCAACAUUUUCACAAUAGAAAAUCCCAACCUAUUUAUCUACAGUAUAGGUGUUGUGUCUCCUGUCCAAAACACACACGAGGACAUGAAGCAACCCAUGGGACCUGCUGUUUGGAAAGUGUUCUCAAAAGAAUCUCUCACCGAGGAGCAGAUGAAUUUGCUUUUCUCAUCCUAUGAUUCUGUGAAAGAGAAGAAGUGGCUGGCUUACCCGCACUACCAUCUCCCAAACACAUGCCCACCUAUAAUCCUGCACGAUAGAAUAUACUACCUUAAUGGCAUAGAAUGGGCGGCAAGUGCCAUGGAAAUGAGCGCAGUUGCCGCCAAAAAUGCAGCCCUCCUUUCUUACCAUCGCUGGUAUGGAAACGUGAACAUGAUUGACCAGGAGGAUUUAUAUGAGAAACUCAAAACAGAGCUGUGAGUUUUACCCAGGUAUGAGCGACAAAUCCCCGUGGAUGAUGAGUCUAGAUUGCCCAGUGAUGGCCUGAGGAAAUUGAUCAUGGUAUUGAUCAAAUGCUACAUCUUUCUGGCCCACCUUACUGUUAAAAAUGAAUAUAUGGCAAUAUUUUCCCCUCUAACCUGAUACAGUAGUCACAAGUGUUACCUAUCACAAUAGUGAAGAUGGAAAAAUUCCAGAGAGGUGUAGGAUUUUUAAAUUGCUCUUUCCCUUAUGUAUUCUGACCCCAGCUUAGGAAAGCACGUAAGCAUGUACUAAAGCCCAUCCCUAUUCAAGAUAAGCACUUAAGCAAGUAUUUAAAGUUAAGCAUGUGCUUAAGUGCAGUCCUGAAUAGGGAUACAUUCCUGAAUAAGGACCUGUUUAUGUAUAAUCACCUAGGCCCCGAUCUUGUUGACAGGUAAGCAUGUGGUUAAAUAUUUGCAGGAAAAGGCCUUAGUAGCUCCUGUGGUAUGACGGAAACUCCUUAAAUAAAGGAAAAAGGCAGGGGAUAUGGAGUUAGAUGUAACAUAUUAAUUUUAUUUUAAAAAUUGAUAAAAUCAAAUUCUGAAACUAGCCUGUAAGAGGCUGUCUGGUCCCAUCUUAUUGGCUCACUUCAUUUCCAACUGCUAACCUUUGUUAAGUCCAGUACAAAUUAAUUUUAUGGUUUCCUAACAUAGUGUCAGCUUUCCAUUUUAAGCAAUUGCUUUUGUUGCCACAGGGGUCUUAUGCGAAUAGAAAGAGGCAAUGCCCUACCAUCUGAAAAGGUUUGGGAGCCUUUUUACUAGACUUGACUUUGCUUCUUUUAAGGAAAAUAAUUUUAAAUUGGUUUUAAAGAGGUUUUCUGUAUUUAGUUUUAAAGCAUGGAGCAGUCUGGGUGCAUGUUCUUUAAUGUUACUGAUUUUUUUUUUCAUUCUCCUUCUAGCUUAAUUAUAAUCUUAGAAGCCAAAUCUGUAAAACAAAUAAAAGGAAGUUCUUCACACAGCCAACCUGUGGAACUCCUUGCCUGAGGAGGUUGUGAAGGCUAGGACUAUAACAGGGUUUAAAAAAGAACUAGAUACAUUCAUGGAGGUUAAGUCCAUUAAUGGCUAUUAGAGAGGAUGAGUAAGGAAUGGUGUCCCUAGCCUCUGUCUGUCAGAGGGUGGAGAUGGACAGCAGGAGAGAGAUCACUUGAUCAUUACCUGUUAGGUUCACUCCCCCUGAAGCACCUGGCAUUGGUCACUGUUGGUAGACAGGAUACUGGGCUGGAUGGACCUUUGGUCUGACCCAGUAUGGUUGUUCUUAUGUUCCAGUGUUAGGUUCUACAAUAGAGAACCUGAAUAUAAUUUGGAAAACAGUGAAUCUGGCUUCGUCCCAGCUGAAGUUAAUAUAUAGCUUUGAAAAAGGCCAUAAGUCAUGGGAUCAGAAGGAACUGCAAUUGUAUUUUUGAAAGUUUGGUUAUUCAUACAAUGUCAAAAAAAAAAAAAGGUACGAUUCCAAUCUCCGUACAGAGUACUUGUCUGACCUGGCAUGUAUUAACAGUACUGUAAUUUAUUUUAAAGCAUGCUUUUCAGGUGAGUGAAUACAGGGAGUAUUUAAGAGGAGAAAUAAAAAAUGUUAUAGCAGGCUACAGGAGGAGCAUGGGAGAUGGUACACAUGCUGAUGAUAAACACAUUAAUGCAACAGAAUCCUAACUAUUCAAAGUGGCUGAGAGACCCAGAAACUUAUGAAAGUCAGCAGUCAAUAAAAUCACAAAGACAUGCCAGCUAUGCAGUAAAAAGGGAGAUCUGAAUAAUUUUGGGAUUUUACUUUGUUUCUUUUGAUUGCGCACCUUGUGUAAAUUCUGUUCUUUGUAGGACACAGGGCACUAGGGCCAUAUUUUUACAAGUGAGGCUAAUUAAAAUGUUUUAAUUCUUGAUAGCUUUACAGCUUUCACAGACUGAUCAAGCACAGUUAAUCUAAACAUGUCUUAACUAAAUCUUAUUUGCUUUAAAUAUCAGUGCUCUAGAGAGGUUAUGAAAUGUUUGCAGAAAUACAUGGUUGUCAGUGGACAGUUGUUUUCUUAAAAAUCAGGCUGCUUUAACCAAUUAGUGAGCUUAAGUCCUGCAAGUAGUUUAAAGAGUGAUACUUAAUACUCAGCAUAAAUUUAUGGUUUUUUACUUGUAACUUUACCUCCUGCCUAACGUCAACAGAAAUUCAAGGUACCUAAUGAAGCGCUGUUAAUUUUUUUUGGGGGGUGGGGGGGUCGCGGAGGGAGAAUCACAUUUGAUUUUAUUUUAAAAAAUUGAUAAUGUUUUUAAUUCGGGACUAUGUUGGUUUGUAAAAUUAAAGCUUUAUGGAAAUA